AUGUCUCCACAACCCGAUACAGACUUGGACGCCGACGACAUUUCCAUCACCUCGACGGCCGAGGGCGAGCCCACUGACGAUGCAGUCUACGCAGUCGAGGAGAUUCUGGCUGAGAAGUGGGAUAUUUGGGACGAUGAAGAUCCUUGCCAGCCCCCCUUCCAUGGUACCAAGUACCUGACCAAAUGGGAUGGCUACCCACUUCACGACCUCAUAGGCACUUGGGAGCCCCUAUCGGCCUUUAUAAUUCCUGACGAUGAUGGCAACACUCCGUCCGGGACACCGCCAUUGCUCCAAACAUGGCAUGAUCGUAAGAAGUCUAUGGGCGAACCCCACUUUCACAGGUAUUGUCGAAAGAACAUAGACGACUUCCAUGCCGCAAUUGAAGCUGCAGAAACGGCCAGGGCGGUCAGAAAAGCAAAGCGCGACAAGAAGCGACAGAGGCUUGCCUUGUCAAACAAACGGUCGGCACUCUUUGUGUCGGACAGCGAAGACGAAGAUGGGCUUGCCGCAUCAAAUCGAUCGCAGAAGCAGAACCUUCCACAAGCUGCCGCCGGUACUCGCAGCUCAUCAUCAGCUAAGCAACCUCAAACAGCGCGUAAACUACCUUUAGUGCAGCCGGAUCUAUCAUCAGCAUCCGAGGCAGACUUAACCGAUGAUUCAAUGAUGGCUGAAUUGGGCGAAAUUUCGAAAAAGACGACACACAGUUCAAUUGGCACCAAAGGUUCGGCGAAUGAUGGCCAAUCAAGACGCAAUUCAUUGCAGUCACCAUGCAGCCCGACUAAACGCACUGCAGCACCUGUGAGCAAGGAACCAGUCGCAAAAGCAAACCAAACCAAGCAGGCAACCAACAAGGAGCUACAGAAACCAUCUCAACCUCUAAAAGAUGCAGUUUCGCAGAGCAUUAAACCGGCUACGGCGGCGCUUGCUCGUGCCUCUGAUACUUCAAUUGCUUCUGUAGAAAGACCGGCCAACUCGGCUGGUCAGGGAAAUGCUAACAAGGCCAAACGUAGUGGUGCCAUAAAGGUGGUAAACCAACCAAAGGUGCAGUUGCGUAGUGAAUGGACAAAGGGCCAAAAGGCGUUCUCCACUUUACACUUCCGAGCAAUAGCACAAAAGCGGUCGCGCGCUGAAGGCACGCCUGAUCCGGCAGCGCUCGAGAUUGUAAAUGACCCGUCUGGUACCAUCAGGCCAAAACCUCCAUUCCCACGUGAUGAUCCUUAUGCUCGCCGCGAGGUUGGCCAGAGCCGUACAAAGAGUCCAGAGCGCGAUGAUGCACGGCGAGGGUCUAGAAGCGAGCUUUCGACGAGCGAGAUUUUGACUGACGAAAAUGUCCCUCUAGCACCCUGGGAGGUGGAUAAGAUCCCGCAAGUGUGUCCUGAAUGGCGGCUCAGUAACAAUUGUUCAAAGCCCGCACAAACCUGCAUAUUUCUGCAUCGAAACAGGGAUCCAGACGGAAAUGAUUACCCCGUAGGCCAUGCUGGAGGUUUUAUACCCCCAAAAUACCGCAGGCUACCUCUUACAUGUGUCCACUGGCUGUACGGGAAGACUGGCUGUUUUAAGCCAGCUGACAAGUGUCUCUUUGCCCACCGAAAUACCGGCUGGGUACCAAACGAAAAUCACUCUAGCGAGAGCGCCACUCGAAUCGACAAGAAUAUAAAGCCGAUAUGCGAGCGAAAAGCAAAGCCGCACAACGAGCGGAAAAAAGGUUUACUAAAGUCAGUGAAGAGUGUAGAUAGGUUGGCCCCUCAGGAUUUGACAUGCUGGUACUGGGCCAAUGACAUUUGUCGAAACACUGCGGAGAAGUGCCAGUUCCAACACUAUGAUACUGGAAUUCCAGCCCGUCCUCCGCAUGGCCAUGCUAGAUCUUCUUACCGUCCUCUACCAGAUAGUAGCAACGAUAUGUCUACGGAUAAGGCGACUAUGCAAGAUUCUAGGGCUACUGUUGAGGCACCAGAAGAGACCCUGGUGCCUACAAACGAUUAUGUACCUCACCCCAAGUCGCCCGAGGCUGUGGAGACUGUGGAGCCUGGUGCACUCGAAGCAACAUGUGGGAAGGUGCUAAAGAGGAUUGACUCCGUGUGCGAUCUCAACUUUGAAGAAUUAUUUGGCAGUAAUAAUUGUGAAAGAGGGAUUAAGCUGAUGGAUCGGCGAGCUUUCCUAGUGUACCACUCGGAAGAGCAUGCGGAGGAGCUGGAGUUGAUCACUCGAUGGCUGCUGAUGCAUCAUGUCGAGGUUAGUGGUAUGCAUUUUCCUGGCGGGUGGGCGAAUUUCCAGCAGGAAAUCAAGAGCGGAGGGUCUGGCGUCAUCAUCGUACACGCUGCUUUCGAGUACUUCACCGAAUUGCCCGGUCUGGGCGAUAUACUCCAACAUGAAGUUCGUGUCUGUUCGCUUGGCGUGCAAGAAGAUAUCGAGUAUGAUCCUGCUUUGUCACUUGAUCCACCCGUAUACGGCUAUGGUCCGGUGGAAAUCUUCCCCGUCGGCGGGUUCAUCUACAUUACCGACGAGGUAUUUGACAAGGAGCCACAACUCGCUUUGAAAAUCAUCGAGCUAUUCCUCGCGAAAGUCGAAAAAUUGAAGCAGCUUAAGGGUCUGCCGAAUCCGGGACGCCAGGUCGAAACCGCAAAUCUGCUCUGGCGUCUAUGUGUCCGCCCAGAACUAAUGAAGUAUCUAAUCAAUUACUGCGAGAAGUAUGCAGAUCGGGUCGACAGUGGCGACGCAGAAAUGCAAAGCCGUGCCCGCCUCUACACUCUCCUAUCCGACACAAACUACAUCGAGCAAGACCACCCCUCCGAGCCGCUCAGCCGCAUCCUCGACAACUUCCCCAUCCUCUCCGAGCGCCGCACCAUUGCAGACAGCGAGCCAGUCACGUACUUCAAAACCGUUAAGCGCGACCCGGCCGCAGCCAACCUAGCCAUGAUGCGUUACUAUGCGGGCUUGCACGUCGACAUGCGACGCGACUACCGCCAUUUUUACCUAGUGCAUACGGAUCCCCGGGCGAGCGUGGUACAGCAAUGGAAAGAGGAGAUGCAAACGAUUGGCCGGGUCAUGUCGCCGAGGCAGUGCGUCCAAGAGUUGGAAAAGGAGAGUGAAGGAAGUAUGAUUGAUUUUUAUGAGCGGUUCAUGGAAGAGUAA